GUUUUUGUUUGUUUUCAUAUGAAUUGCAUUUAUAAUCAGUUUAACUGUAAUUGAGUUAUGGAUGACACCAUUGAUGCCCAACAAAGACAACAAAGAAAUGUUGAUAAUAUGGACCAAACGAGUGAUGGCUUAGAGAGCGCUGCGAAUGAAGACAUAUUGAAGGCUUCAAAAGUGUCAUCGACUUCGUGGUGGAGCUCUUGGGUUCAAAAGUCGACCGAUACUUUUGAGUCGAUUAAGAAG